CGCCCGUCUGGUGAUGGCGGACCGUGGUCUCCGCAGGACGGCGCCGCGCACGUACGAGCCGACAGCGGCGGCGGAUGAGCAGCGGGAGCGGCGGCCGGGUAGCCCUCGCUUGAGCUCAGCGCACGCGGGAGAGCCCCCACAGGAGACGCCGCGAUGACAGGAAAGGAUUAAAUAAAGAUUUAUAAAUUUCAAAAAGGGAAAGCCGAACGCUGCUGGCUGGCCGCUGUCCCGGGCUCCGGCGGAGGUGGAUUCCUCGGCGAUUCUGCGACAUUUAACCCGCAUCCUUCGGGAGAUCACUUUCUGGGCUGCUGGUUCCAGAAGAAAGUGAACACGAAGGCCAAAGCUGGACUGGAGUUGUCAUACCAUAAAACAACCGUAUUUAGCAGCUGCAGGUGUAGACCUCGAGGGAGCCAUGAGUACUCGCGACGCCCCCGGUGCUGCGCAGGACCAGGUCGAAGCCGGGGCCCCCAAGUCAACAACAUCUCCGCCUGCUGGACAGCAGGAGUCAGAUCAAGCUGCAUCGACAGCAGCCAGUAACGGGAAGGUCGGGGAGAGCGGCGCACCUGCCGAAAUCUGCGUGGUCAUUGGCGGGUCCCGCAAUGCUCAGACACAGGGCUCCUAUGUUUGUGGAAUAUGCGGGAAGAAGUACAAGUACUACAACUGCUUUCAGACACAUGUCCGAGCGCACAGAGACUCUGAUGGUGGGUCCAGAGAGGGAGGAUCUCAAGCAGUAAACAGAAGACGGGCAGACAGACAGUGCCGUCUCUCUGGUUGUGUCCCUGCAGACAGCUUCCGCUACACCUGUGACAUCUGCGGCAAGAAGUACAAGUACUACAGCUGUUUCCAGGAGCACCGUGACCUCCACGCUGUCGACGAUCCCUAUGACCAGGUUGUUAUACCUGUGGAUGACCAGAAGGAAGAGGAGACCUUCCAGAAGAUCGGACCCAAGACCGGGAGCUACGUGUGCGAGUAUUGCGGGAAACAGUACAAGUACUUCAACCCUUACCAGGAGCACGUGGCCCUGCAUGCUCCCAUGAAUCGGUCCUUUGAGGGACAGUCACAACCAGCUCGUUCACAGCAUCGUUCAGUGGAUGUCGGCAAAUACAGCACCUCCAAAACGGAACACAGCCAAAUAGAGGCCACUUUCUGCUGCAAGAGGGAAAGCAAAAUGCAGACAAGUCUUGGCGAGACCAACAGCUCUCAGAACUCGAGUGGUACCACAAGCCCCCAGGUUGCCAGCUCCUACUCCAAUGUACAGAAACCCUACACAUGUGGAUCCUGUGGCAUCCAGUUCCAGUUCUACAACAACCUGCUGGAGCACAUGCAGUCGCACGCUGCUGAUAACGAAAACCAUUUCACGGUGGAGUCUCCCAAAAUGUCUCCGGCCCCCACACCUCAGGAGCAAGCAUGGAAGUCUCCACCACAGGCACAGAGGAACCACAACGCUAAUUUAAACAGUGUGCUCCCGGAGAAGGAACGCCAGCAGGUGGCAGAGCGGCUUCUGAGGGUCAUGUGUGGCGACCUGGGCUUCCUCAGUGUGCUGAAUGGAAAGGAGUUCCUCAAGUUGGCGCAGACCCUGGUAGACAGCGGCUCGCGGCACGGGGCCUUCUCGCUGCGUGAUGCCCUGGGCGACAUGAGCUCGUUGGCCCUGCACCAGCUGCCCCGCAUGUAUAACCAGGUGAAGGUGAAGGUCACCUGCGCCCUGGGCUCCAGCGCCUCCUUGGGCAUCGCCGUCACCUGCCACACGCAGACGGUGGGGACAGACACCUGCCACGUGCUCACUGCGUAUCAAGUGGAGGGCGUGCGGCUGCGGCGCUACGUGCUGGGAGUGAAAGAGGUGGACUUGCGCGAGCCUAGCGAGCAACUGCACCACUGGGUGCAGAACGUGCUGUCGGAGUUUGUCAUGCCAGAGAUCCGCACCGUGUACGUGACGGAGCCGCGGGCAUCCGCGGCAGCCUUCUGUGGCCGGGCGGGCGUGUGUCUGCGCUGCGCUGGCUGCUCGCUGGGCGCUGUUGUGCAGGCCGUGCUGGGAAAGCGCAGCCUACAGACGCGAGGCCUUCACGAACUGGCUGAGCUGCUGGCUGCCUGUCGGGAUGUGGCUGGAGCCACCAGCGUGCCCUGGGAUGCCCCUAGCAGUGCGAAUGACUCCCUGCAGCCGCCGCCCCCUCCACCACCACCUUGCUGGGAUCGUACCACGGAGGCACUGCUGAAGGUGCACCAGCGCUUCGACCAGAUCUGCGAGGUGUAUGGCCGCAGCAAGAGCACAGCACCCCUCCUGCAGAGCCUCAACAAACACCUGCUGGGCACAUUGGCUGCCCUGCUGGCUCCUGUCCGGCAGGCGGCAGCGGAGCUCAGCUCCGAACGCCGGCCCACCCUGCAGAUGGUGCUGCCUGCCUACCUGCGGCUUGAGAAGCUGUUCACUGCCAAGGCGGGUGAGGCGGGUGCCGGCAGCAAGCUGUGCCACUACUUCCUGGAGGCACUGAAGGAGAACUUCAAGGUGGAGCGUGCCCACCAGGUGGCUAUGGUGCUGGACCCCCAGCUGAAGCUGCGACCUGUGCCACCCUACCAGCACGAGGAGAUCAUAGGCAAGGUGUGCGAGGCGGCUGCCGACAUGGAAGAUGCCGACGGUAGCGGCGUUGGAGGUACAGGCACAGAAGACGGUCCCCCAGGUGCCAAGAGGAGUCGCACCGAGUCCAGCGACGCCCGUGGCCGUGCCUCGGAUCAGCAGCAGGUGCGCAAAGAGGUGUUCCAGUACUUGGCGGAGCCGCUGUUCCAUGCCACGCCCAACCUUUUCCAGUACUGGAGCUCAGUGAUGGAGAAGUACCCACGAUUGGCUCGCCUGGCGCUGUGGCUGCUUGCCGUUCCAGCUGUGGGUGUGCGCAGCGAGUGUGUGGCCGUGUGUGAGCAGACGCUGGCCCUCAAGCGCAGGCAGCAGGUCACGGCCGAGGAGAUGAACAAGCUCAUCUUCCUCAAGUGCAACAUGGCCUGAGGUCAGGGUCUCGGCUGCUAACCAAAUAUUUCACGUGUUUCUUGAGGGCGAGACGAUUGCCAGAAUUAUAUUUUAUUAUUGUUCUUAAGAAGUCUGUAGGGCAAAAGGAUUUCUCCAUUCCAUUGUGUGGAGACAACACAUCGGAGGCGCAGGAGGAUUUAAGUUGCCUGUCUGUGUCUUUUCCUGAGCUGCCCGAUAGAGGUGUACACCUGUUUUAAAGCCCGCAGGUGUGCAUGCACAUGUUUGCACACGAUAGAAACGUGUUAGUUGACAGGCGGAGUCCUUGAGUCCAUGUCUGUCAAGACUUCACCGGCUGCUUUUACACUCAAAUCCAGAUCGGCAGGAAUAGCUGGCUGUGGUGAGGAUACGCAGGGCAGACAACCAUUAGAGACAGAGGCCCCUGCAUGGAGUCGUCCUUCAUCUCUGGUUGCGCAGUGUGUCGCCAGCGCACAGCUCUAUAAACACAUGUCCGGCUGUUGAGUGGUGAAUGGAACUCUUACUGUUGUAAAGACAGCAGAAAUGUCCUCCCCCCACUAAACUCCUGAUGUUACACCCCAUCCCACCUCCUGGGUGCUAAGAGGAAAUUUCAGAGAACUUAAGGACCACCUUUUAACAUUUUCUUUAUAUUUUGCCUGACCUUUUAAUUAAUGCCUUUUCCUUUAUCACAGUGGCUCUUUUUAUUUCCAGACACUGCAGGUAUUUUGAUGUACGUGGCGUGAACAUGAGCAGCAGUGGCACACUGUACUUCAGGAAUGUUCUAGACCUCACAUUUUUCCAGCCUCCCCACUGUGUGUUUAUUCCGGCAUUCACUCAAAGGUUCUAGGUGAAGGUUCUGGUGUCCAGGUUUGAAUUUCUGCCAGCGUCACCGUUGUCGGUGCCCUAGCAUGCAUUAGACUGUUAAUUUAAACACAACAUGGAAGCAUGUUGGUUUUAUAUACACACACACAGACACAC